GGACGGCAGAACCAGCUCUGUCUGGGCAGAACAUGUGGAUCCAUGUCGGUAAAGACCUCUGAUCCACGUGAAUGAAUCGCAAAUAAAGCGUCUUCUAAUCAUUCAUAUGUCCUGCCAAUUAUGCUUUAUAUAAGCUGUAGUUUCUAUGUUUUGGAGUCACGAUUAUAUCCGUUAACGUUCACCAGCAAUCGACAUGUGUCUGAUGAAAGUCGCAUCGAAACUGUGAGACCAGUUUGGUAAACUUUAAACUUACCAUGACUCAUAAUGAGUAACAUCACUGUUCGAGGCAAAGUCUGGACGGCUGUGACUCAAGCUUUCAACCUCCCAAUGGUUCUCAUAAUGCGGAUGAUAACGAAGCUGAUUAACCGAGUGUUGAUGAGCACGAGCGCGCUGCCAUCACCGAAGAUGAUAAAUGGUCAAACCACGGCAGUUGACUGUAACAGAAGGAAAAUGGUUGUCGGGCUGGGAAACCCUGGCAUGAAUGGCUCUCGACAUAGUGUUGGUAUGGCUGUGCUUACAACGCUAGCAGAACGUUUUGGAACGCCAGACAGCUGGAGAUCUGACCGUCAAGUCUCAGGAGAGGUUUUUGUAACACACCUUCAGGACGUCCAGUUGGUUCUUCUUCGACCCAAGUUGCUCAUGAACAUCAAUGGUGUGAGUGUGGCAAAAGCAGCCAGCAAAUUUUCAAUUCCACCUGAACAUAUUCUCUUGAUUCACGAUGAGCUUGACAAACCGCUUGGGAAGUUCGGCAUUAAACAUGGCGGAAGUGCAAGGGGUCACAAUGGCGUGAGAUCAUGUGUGGACUGUCUUCAUACUGAUGUGAUGCCACGGUUGCGCAUUGGGAUUGGACGACCGUCAGGCAAAACCCCUGUCGACCGUUACGUUUUGGGACGUUUUUCACAGGAGGAACAAAAUGUUUUAGACUCUGUCAUGAAGCAGAGUGUAGAUGUUCUGCUGACAUUUCUCACAGACUCGCAACCCCAGACUUCUCCAGCAGAGGGAAGGAGAGCAUCACGCAAGAAUAAAGCAAGGGCGCUUUCACCGCCUCAGGACACCACAGAAGAGCACAAACAGAACUGACCUAAACUGACAAUGUUUGAUAACUGUUUCUUUGUUGUGAAGGAGCUCAGUCUGGUUAUGAUGCCAUGUUUAAAUCCCCAGCAAAGCUAAGGACAUGGAGGGCAAAACCAAAACUGACAUCAAUACAUAGUCAUUUUGAUUACACUGUUCUGAAGGAGUUCAGCUUUGUUAGAAUGCACUGUGUCUGCCAUAUUUUAAUGUCCAGUAGACUUAUUAGGAUACAGCAGCCUGCAUUACAUGCUCUUUUGUUGUUUCUAUAACAGAAUUUCCCAAAUUGUGGUUUGCAAACUCUAUAGGUUCCUGGGGGAACUGCGGAAGAUUCGGGGCACUGGAAAAGAAAUGCCUAUGCUGUUUUAAAUACAAUAAAAUAAAUUAAAUGUCAAAA